UGUGUCCUUAUUUUACUUCGUAAAGUAAAAUACCAAAUGUGGGCACUCCAGGUAUCACCAUUGCUGCCGCUCCUCCUCCGUGCUCCUCCGUCAACUUCUUCUCUCCCAUUCAAACCCUUCCAUUUCCACUUCGCUUACGGAAAAUUCCUUACUACAAUGAACGCCUACACUGCCGGCGAACAAUAUUCCUCACCGGAGGAGCUCGUUACCGGAACCUGGUAUUCCGUCCCCGGUCUCCGCCUUCGCGAUCAUCGAUUCACUCUUCCUCUCGACUACUCCUCUCCGACUGGUCCUAACAUCUCCGUUUUCGCCCGCGAAGUCGUUAACGCUGGACAAGAAGAACAACAGCUUCCAUAUCUACUGUACUUACAAGGUGGACCUGGAUUUGAAUGCCCUAGACCAACUGAAGCUAGUGGAUGGUUAGGCAAAGCAUGUGAAACAUAUCGAGUUAUCUUGAUGGAUCAGAGAGGCACGGGAUUAUCAACACCUUUAACCGCGUCAUCUAUGUUGCAAUUGAAUUCCACUAAUGAUUUGGCCAACUACUUGAAACACUUCAGAGCAGAUAGCAUUGUAAAUGAUGCUGAAUUUAUUCGAAAACAUCUUGUUACUGGUGAUGAAAAAUGGACAGUUUUAGGGCAGAGUUAUGGUGGUUUUUGUGCAGUCACUUACCUAAGUUUUGCUCCAAAAGGGUUGAAACAAGUUCUUCUGACUGGUGGAAUUCCUCCUAUCAGAGGUGGUUGCACUGCAGAUUCUGUUUACAGAGCCUGCUGCGAACAAGUCAUCCGCCAAAACGAGAAAUACUAUCAAAGAUAUCCUCAGGAUAUUAAAAUAGUUCAAGAUGUUGUAAAAUACUUGGCUGAGUAUGAAGGUGGCGGGGUUCCUCUUCCCUCGGGUGGCAUCUUAACCCCGAAGGGACUUCAAGCACUUGGCCUCUCUGGUUUAGGAUCUAGUGGUGGCUUUGAACGCUUACAUUACAUGUUCGAGAGUGUUUGGGAUCCAAUAAUCACUCCAGGAGGGUUAAAGCAAAUCAACUUCUAUUUCCUCAAUGCUUAUGAGAAGUGGUUGAAUUUUGAUACAAAUCCACUUUAUGCACUUCUACAUGAGUCUAUAUACUGUCAGGGUGCUGCUUCGAGAUGGUCAGCUGAUAGAGUAAAGGAUGAAAAUGGUAGCAAAUUUGAUGCAAUUAAGGCUGUGAAAGAUGGUCAGCCUGUCCUAUUCACAGGAGAGAUGAUAUUUCCAUGGAUGUUUGAAGAAAUUCAUGCGUUGAGGAAUUUCAAAGAUGCAGCUCAUGUGUUGUCGGAGAAGGAGGAUUGGCCUCCAUUAUAUGACAUACAAGUGCUAAACAAUAACAAGGUUCCUGUUGCAGCGGCGGUUUAUUACGAGGAUAUGUAUGUUAACUUUAAGUUGGCAAUGGAGAGUGCUUCAGAGAUUGGUGGGAUUAGGUUAUGGAUAACAAAUGAGUUCAUGCAUUCUGGUCUUAGAGAUGGUGGUGGGCAAGUUUUUGAUCAUUUAUUGGGGAUGCUCAAUGGAAAGAAACCUCUCUUCUAGCUACUUUCUCAUAUUGCAAUAUUUAUUUGUGAUUGUAUUUGUCCACAUAAACAAAAGUAUAACUUAUUAUGUCUUGUAAACUUUUUAAGCAUUUUUAAAUAAAUUUUGAACUAAUUUAAAACUAAAUGUAUAUU